AUGGGUGUGACAGCAGAUCUAAACAUGCGGAAAGGCAUCAAAGUCGUGCUCAACCCAACACAAGAGUAUUUCGAUCAAUUUCAAGAGUGGAUCACCGAGACUGAACGCUGGAACUACAGACGUGCCGAGUACAAGCUGUGGUGCACUGCAUUCGAGAAGUUCUGGCUCUACAUGGCAAUCGACGAGGAAAACGAUGAAUGCGUCAGUGUGGUGUCAUUGGCACUUCAACGGAAUUCCGACGGCAAGAAGCUCUACUCGAUCGGAAACUACUACUGCGUGCCGGAAUGGAGGGGAAAGGGAAUCAGUAACAAACUGUUUGUACAGGUCAUGAAACAUGUGGGAAAAGAGAAUUGUACACUGUUCGGAGCUGUUGAGAUGUCCUCCCUUUACGCAACACGCUUUAACUUCUCCAUUAUGAACGAGUACUGGCACAACUUCGCAGAUAUGGACGCUGCUGAUCUCGUCAUUCCGGCAAUGCCAAACGGGUUUACUUGCAAGAAAAUCGAGGAAAACGAUUGGGAGAAACUUCACGAGUACGAUGAAACAAUCUGUGAUCUUAAUCGCAGAAAGUAUAUGAAAUCCAACUUGUCCACUGCAGGAACUAUUGCCCGCUUGGUCACCAAUGAAACCGGAAAGAUCGUUGGAUUCGGAGCAAUCAAAAUGGCAACUGGAAAUGAGCUCAUUCUUGCUCCAUUGUAUGCUGAAUCAUUCGAUGCUGCAACUGCAUUGAUGGCCUCCAUCCUUAAGGGAAUUCCAAAUCUUCUAUCGUUUACAAGUCUUAUUACAAUCUACCCGGACGCCAACAAUGACGUACCACGUUUGUUAUCGUUAAUAAGUAAUGAUAAUUUCGACUCGCACCAAGCGUAUCGUCAUCAAUUCACUAAGGAGAUGAUGGACUUCCCACAGCACAAAAUCUACGGAACCGACGAAGUCUCUCACAGUCCAUGCUAA